CUGUGCACGCGCGUGUCAGUAGGUGUGAAUAGGCCAUUUGUUGUCAUAGAGCUCUCUUGGAUGCAAUGUUUUCUAUCUUCCUGUCAGCGCUGACACCUCUGGUCCGCAUCACUCUCUGGCUGUGGCCAUGAAGGGCAUGAUUGGUCAGUCUGCCAGGACUCAUACAUCACAUCCUGUCUCCACACAGGAAAUCCAUCCCCCUUCCCCUUAUCUCAGUGUACUCUCAGCCGACAGCAAUCUGGCAUCAUCAGCAAUGGAUGUACAGUACAACCCCUCCUACCUCUCUAUUUUGCUGUAAAUAUCUCUCACUCUCUCUUUAUCUCUCUCUCUCUCUCUCUCUCUCUCUCUCUAUGCAACAGAGAUGCGCACCACUGAUUUUGAGGCUCCAAAUCGAUAUCAGAGAUCAUGCAUUUGAUUAAAGUGGACUGAAACAAAUGCAGUUGUUCCAUUUUCUUACUCGGCCCAAUGCCAGUCUUCCAUUUUUACAUUACUAGUCCCUCCUCCUCAUGAGCUAACUGUCGAUACAUUGUGAGAAAGGGGAAAAAAGUGAUUAAAUAGUCAUGUUCUCAUGGCCCUGAAACUGAUCAAUGCCGAAUAUGAAAGACAUUAUUACUUUUAUUGAUAUACUGUGGGGGAAAUUAUAUUAGAGGAAAGAUUAGAUUUAGUGACAACAUAGGAGUCACAUGCUAUCUGGUCUCCCCAGGUGUGACAAUGAAACUGAUGGACGAGGUGGCUGGAAUUGUGGCGGCCCGACACUGCAAGACCAACAUAGUCACCGCCUCUGUGGAUGCCAUCAACUUCCAUCGCAAGAUCAUGAAAGGUAAGGAAAUGGUAAACGGGCUGUUAUCCAUACGGGUGUCCCUCAGAGCUGAGUCCUUGGUCCCCUCCAAUUUACUAAAAGCAAUGUAGAACAAAACGUGUCAAUACAAAAUAAUAUACAUGCUGCAUAAUUACAGGUAAUUCACUUGAUUGGAGAUUUAUUUACAGCUUUAUAUUAAAUACCUUUUUAUUUAUUCAGACAUGUUUAUUAGAAUGACUGCUGUGGUGCAACGGUACAGCACGUCCCAGCUGUUUUUUGUUAGUUUUUUUCAUGGUGCUCCUUCUAGUGUAGGUUAACCUGCUAACUGAUGAUUAACAGCUUCAGAACACACCAUUACUUGAGAAUGUGUCAAAUCCAACUGCCUUUAUUUUUGACCUUCGACAAGCAGCAUGUUGCGUGUGGAUUAGCUAACCUGUGUCACAUUUGAGAUAAUCAAUACCAGCCACUUUUGUUGUACAGCAUAUCUGGAAAAAAAACAUGGUAUUUUACCUUAUUCACCAUUUGCAUGAUUCCUGGCUGGGCUAUUGUCCCUUAUUGCGCUAUUGAGAGGAUAUGAAUCAUUUAUGACAAUCCAUUAUUUCCUCCUUCCUUCCUGUUCCCUUGCCUGGAUGUCGAUACAGUGAAUAAUUUAUUCUCCGCUUGAGCCACAAUCCUCUCAGAUUAGUAAAAGCAAUAGGAGCCUCCACACAGAAUGUUGACGUACUGUUGAUCUUGGGUGAAGGCCAUUAUCAAUUAAACCUGGCAGAGGGACACAUCCAUUUCUGAAAAAUUGACAUUCUAUCUGCAUAAUCUGAGUGAGAAACUGUCGUUCCGUGACAUUGUUGAGCCUUAUGCCAUGUCACAGUCUUGGCUCAGCAGCAAUUACCCAUCUGAAACUCCAGACCUACCUUGUGAAUCUUUUAUAAACAGUGUUUAACUCAAAAGCUAUAAAACCCUCGUUAGUGUUAUCAUUCCAGGGUUUUAUUGGUUGUUUAGUUGCCCAGGCUGUGAUGGGUGUGAUGGAAGGAGUCAGGCGCAGGAGGGUAAUCACAGAAUACAGAGUUUAUUCCUUCGUUACACAAAUGCGCUGAAAUAGCGACAAACGAAACAGGCACAGGGGAAACUAUCUACCCUGGCAAUACACUGUAACGGUAUCUCCAUACAAUACAUAGGCACAGGGGAAAUAUCUACCCUGGCAACAAAAUGGUAUGAGUAGCUCCACCGAGCUACACUACUCUCACAUUCCCAGGAUACUAAAGUCUAGUGUAAAAUUAAAUACAUUAUAUAAUAACCCUUUGGGGUUUACAGGUGUGAUGAGUGUGAUAGAAUGAGUCAGGCGCACACUACUCUCACAAAUAAACAAUCACCCACAAGGACAAGGGGGCAGAGGGAACACUUAUACAAGGACUAAUGAGGGGAUUAGAACCAGGUGUGUGUGAUUGACAAGACAAGACAAAUGUGAUGAUGAUAAUUGGGGCGGCAGUGGUUAGUAAGCCGGUGACGACGAAUGCCGAAGCCUGCCCGAACAAGGAGGGGAGGCAGCCUCGGCGGAAGUCGUGACACAGGCUCAUGCUUUUCGAGACGGGUUUUGUUCUCAAGGAAAGUUUCUUCAUCAUGUUUCUCAUGGAAGCCAUGUUAAUUGAUGAGGUGCAUUUGAUGUCCUGGAUGGAGGGAGCUGACAGUUGGUUAUGUGGUAAGUACUAGCCCUUAGAAGCAAAUCAAUCUAAGCAGUUGUCUUACUUUCUUGCCUUGAUUUGGAAAACCGUACCCUCACGGUGAAGGUAGCAGUUUGAGGCUGAGCAGUGAGCACUAAAGUUGUUGUGUUAUGACAUGAUCCAGAUACACAGUGCUGUAUUUAUUCCAGUGAUGCCAGUGUUAUGGUUGUCAUCAAGCAUGGUGUUCCCAUCCCACGAUGUAGGGAUCAGUAGGAGACAGCCAUAGAGGUAUGUGGUCUGUUAGCAUUAAGAGAGUAUAGUCGAAAUGGUGCCUCUCUGCAUCUCAUCAAUCAAGAGUGGACAGACCCACCUAGACCUGUCAGAUAGCCUCCUCAGACAAAAACACAAUCAAUACUGUCACUGACUCAGCUACCUCUGCCUUUGCAGCAUCCUGUGUAGGCCUAUGUGUUCAGACCGUGUGAUCGCUGUUGAAUACUCGCACAGGGUGCAACCGUUUGUCUUUUUAGAGAACAUUGACAAUACGAGAGUCAAACAGGAUGCUAGCGCAUCAGGAAUAUAUAGUUGCUCAGCACUGAAUGCUGGUCAUCUCUUCAACCUGUCAACCCACACAAGGUAGGGGGGUGUUUCGGCUUAUUGACGAUGGAAAAAGACUGUAAACUGGUUGCUCUGAAAGUGGCAGCUUUCAGCUGAUUGGUUUAUGAGUUGUGGGUGGUCCCACCAAUGUCUAACACAUGUUCCCUUGGCCUACUCUCUGCACGCACACAAUUCAUUCUGUGUUUAUACAGGACUUUGACUUAUGAUGUACAAUGUUUUUGGUCCGCAAAACAGCACUGAAUGCCGUUUCAAAAACACCAUAAUACUCAAAGAUUUGUAGCAGGAAUUAUCUUGUAACUUCUCUUUUACUAUGUCAGUGUCAAGGUUGUAAAUAUAUAUGUGUUACUUCCGAUGUAUUUUUUUUACCCUUUAGUGUGUGUACUUUACUGUAUUUAUACUUGGGAUAUUGCUUUUCAAUGGUAAGUUAAAAAAUCGCUGGAGGAAGUCUUUAAACAAGUAGCAGUGCACUCUUCCACACAGCACCGAGACUCGAACCUACUUUCCUCUGUAAAUGGAAACUAAUGGUUUAAUCCCAUAACAGUAUAAAGCCUGUCUAAACCGGGGGAGGGGGGGUACUACUAUGCUAUAUGGAAUUGUUUUAAGAAGGUCGUACCAAGGAUAAUUUUGCUAUUUGAUUUAUAAUUUUAACACCCCUUGAAGUAUAAAAAAAUAUAGAAAAAAGUAUUUGAAGAAAAAUUUUAUUUGGCCUUACUGCUAUUAGCCCAUACUAACGCAUUGAAUAACAAAUUCACUACAUGGAACAACAGAAAGUCCCCCCAAAAAAAUCUAAAGGAAGUUUGUUCUGAAGUGUAUUUCCUAUAUCUGAGAGAUAUAGAAAGAUCAGGAAACAUGUAUUCGGUUUUUUUAAACAUUUAUUUAACCUCUAAUUUUUGUCACUAAACAGUCUCCAUAUAUACUGCCAUUUAUUUUUUAGACUGGUACUGGGGAACUUUCAGAUGAGUCUUGUGAGGCCUACAACAUGUACGUGUUCAUGAGAGUCUCACCUUUACACAGAGGGGUCAUAUUAGUGUGUAGCCCAAACUGUUCGGACGCUACAGACGAUUUUGUGAGAAGGCCGAUUUUCGAGACGUCUCAUGGUCUGACAAACACCGCUCUAACUCGGUCACCUUUCACCGCAGAUGCGGAAGUGUUACAUAGGCAGAUGCGGUGGAUUGAGAUCCAAUGCAAAAAAAAAACAGAUAUCUCUAGCUGAGUUUUAUGGGGAUUUUAUUAUGAUGCUAAUUAGAUUUCCGCAGGGGUGCGUGUGGACAUUGACCUUAAGGGGUUAAAGGGUUUCCAUUACUGGACUACUUUUGUGUUUGUCUCACUGUUUCUGUACUGACUAGAAUCAGGACCAUUUGAAAGAUCUAGGGUGAGUGUGUUUACCCUUUUAGACCAGUACUAGACCCAGAGCAAAAACCAGCAGAACUCGGGGGGAGGGGGGCAGAGUUGAGCCCCCCUGACUGUAUAGACUGUAUUUUCAGUAGUUCAGGCAUUACAGGAGGAGAGGGAGCAUGUCUCGUAAGGCUGUCUCUCUCAUCUGGCCGAGUGUAAUGGAAAAAGAAAAGAGGUGAAAUUGUGAUGAGAUCCAGAGUUGAUAAGAUCAAAGCGAGCAGACGUGAGAGCGUUAGAGGAGUGUGGUUCCUGGCAUGGUUGACGCACAUCUGUGCAAAGUCUCGGGUGUCAGUGCCAGCGGUAGAUGUACUUUCUAGAUAUACUGCCUGUUUGCCCUUUCAGGUUCACGUCCACAUUUUCAGUUUUACUGUGAAUGGGCCUAGGUUCUGCACAUUUGAUGAGUUAUUUUUAAUGCAGCGAUGUUGCAGAUGCAUUGACAUUUUAAUAAAUAAAAAAAAAUACUUUUAAAACUUUUAACAAUAACAACUACAUUUUUGUUGUUAAUACACCAUAAAGUGGUUAACCAAUAACGUUUCUUUACAGCACAGAUUAUAUUCAGUCUCUAUGUUCUCAACAAAGACCAUUAGCAAAACCAACCAGAUGUAAAUUCACACUUAAUUGUUAUCCUGUGCCGGAGGAUAUGUUGCUGUGAGCACUUUGUAGUUGGCUGAGAUAAAAGUGAACAAGGAUGAAAAACAAAUAAAUCUUAAUUAUUCCCUGGAUGGAUGGAACAUUAAAAAGCUGAGUUGUUCCGUGCUUAGAAAAAAAGAUGUGUGCUUUCUUUUCAUGAUAUCUUUCACUCAGAGGCACAGACACCAGAUGUUGUGUUGUAAAAGUCAUUGAAUGACUUUGAAAUAAACAUGUAACGAAGCCAGUGUUAUUGUUUUUUGGUCUUGCACAUCCAAAUUCUAAACUGUUGCCUGGCAUCUUGGAACCUUCAACUUGUAAAUCCAUUAGCCGCGGGAUGUCUCAAAACGUCCCUUUGAACAAUGUCCACAAGAACGUGGCGAUUAUUUAUAUAGAUAUCACGUAAACAGUGCUGAAAAUGUGCUAUAUGCGCUAAUUGCAAGCUGCAGUAUUCCUGUUAUGUUAUAGGGUCCAUUGAUUAAAUGUUCCCUCUUCGUCCCCAGGUUGUGUGGUAACUGUCUCGGGGAGGACGACAUUCGCCAGUAACAAAUCUAUGGAGAUCGAGGUGUUUGUGGACGCCGAUCCUCUGAUAGAGGCUGAGAAGGGGAAGUACCGGGCCGUCACAGCCUUCUUCACCUACAUCUCCCUUGACAAGCAGGGCAAGCCUCUACCAAUCCCCCCUAUGAAGGUAGGCACCAUAGAAAUAUAA